AUGCCGGCGAGUGUGGCAUGGAGCGUGGAGAGUGAGCAGCCAUUGAAGAAGCGCAAGCUGGAGACACGUCGCUUAUCCGAUUCCAGUGCCUUGAUCCUCAGUCCCACCGUGCAGAAGCGUCGCCGGCAGGCAGCCAAUGCACGCGAACGCAAGCGCAUGAACGGCUUAAACGAGGCCUUCGAUCGACUGCGUGAGGUGGUGCCAGCGCCGUCGAUCGAUCAAAAGCUAUCCAAGUUCGAGACCCUACAAAUGGCCCAAUCAUACAUCUUGGCCUUAUGCGAUCUGUUGGACAACAAUGGCGAGGAUGUGGAUGCCGCUGACUAUACGAUCUUCGGCGGCAGUGAAAGCAGCUUCGAGCUGACAUCUCCCAAUUGA